AUGUCUCUUUGCAAGCUUCACCUCGCCUCAUAUCUCAACGUUUUGUUUGGCCUAAUAUUCAGCGAGAUUGCCGCACUUGGGCCCAAACUUGUCAGCUCUGCCAACGUGCCAAAGUUUCACGCCUCGUUCACAGUCCACUUGGAACAGUCAAUCCGAUACUGUGACGAUACUGUGCGUCGAGCCCUGCAACCUCCCUACAGCGGACCUCACAAAGUGCUCAGCCGUGACGACAAAACUAUGACCAUCCAGAUCGCAGAUAGAAGCUCUAAAGUAAGCGUUGACAGAGUGAAGCCUGCUUACAUUCUACCUGACCCUUCCCCACAGCCUCAACCAAGAAGCGCCCACACACCGGCACACAGUAUCGGUACACCUGCUGCAGACCCGGACAACGGAACACCAGAGUGCGCUACCAGAUUUGGUCGCAAUGGGUUAUUUGUUGAUAUAACAUUACGGACUAGCUGUAGUUAUCCACUGCCAGAGUUCUACUCGCAUCGUUACCGUAUCGUUGGAACUAUCUUCCAGGGAAUUGUGUUCCUGGUGGGCAUCUUGGGUAACCUGAUGGUGAUGGUUGUGGUGAAACGGACCCGCAGCAUGCACUCACCCACCAACUGCUACCUGGUGUCCCUCGCCAUGGCAGACAUGGUUGUCCUGGUCGCUUCAGUUCCUAAUGAGAUCCUUAGCUACUACCUGGUUGGCAACCACUGGUUGUGGGGGGAUCUCGGUUGUUCCCUCUUCGUAUUCUUCCAGAACCUCGGAAUUAACUCAUCCUCACUCGGCCUCAUCGCUUUCACUUUCGAAAGAUACAUGGCAAUCUGCCAUCCUAUGAAGGCUCACAAAGUCUGUACACAACGACGAGCCAAGAAGAUUAUCUUCUCUGUGUGGGUUUUAGCAGUGCUCUAUUGUUCUCCCUGGCUUUUCCUCACGACAACCAAGCCCCUCAAUUACCGCGGUUUCCCUCAAGCGCGGUUCUGUGACUUCAAACGGCCCAGAGACGAGUAUCUCCCCUACUACUUCACUGACCUGGUUGUUUUCUAUCUGGUGCCGUUGUUUGUCUCUUGUGUUCUCUACGGCCUCAUUGCCCGAACCCUGCUCAAUCGGAGAGUGAUCCGCGCAGCUGGGAAAGCCUCUUCCACCGUUGUUCUUACCGAGGCUGCUUCGUCCUCCAGGAGUCAGGUAGUCAAGAUGCUUGCAAUGGUGGUAGCUGUGUUUGCCACACUAUGGCUACCCUACAGGGGUCUCUUGGUAUAUAACUCCUUUGCCAUUCUGUUCUCAAAGCCUAAGUAUAUGGACCUGUGGUUCCUAAUGUUCGCCAAAACUUGUGUAUUUAUAAACAGUGCCAUCAACCCUAUUCUUUACAACGCAAUGUCCACGAAAUUCCGGAGGGCAUUCCAGAAGCUGCUACUGUGCGGGGAGCCAGUGCAGACAAUGCACGUAUCCAACCUGCAGGAACUGUCUCGGGGACUGUCCACCAGGCAGCAGCAGAAGCGCAGGAAGGCGGAGAGUUUCAGCACUACAACAACAUCUCUAUGACAGGAAGACAACCGGGAUAGAGUGGAGAGGAUUUGACAUCCGGAGAACAGGUGGUAAGCUACGUCAUAGACCAGAACGGGAACAGGAAUUACCACCUUUGUGACAGGUCGGUCGUCAUUCCCACUUCCCCGACACGGGUGCGACACCACGGUGGACUAUAUGUAUUAUAGACUAGAUCCAUUUAUAAUGAUUCUCUAAGUAUGUAGUUGUAUUUCAUUCGUUUUAAAACUAGUUUAGUUUUAUAAAAUAGCAGGGAAAUGUUAAUUUUGUUACUUUGGUGUUAUCCGGAGGCCUCUCUGUCCCUACUUACUACUAGUUAUUGUACAAAAUAAUUAGUAUGGAUUUUGAUUAGGUUAUCAUAUAUAUGUUACUAGUACUACCAAACAGAAAAAAACCUUUAUGAACGCUCACGUGAUUUGAAGUUGGAAAGUCUGAAAAUUUGGGAGGUGAUGUAAGCAUCGGAAUUGCCCCUGGCCUUCAGUGCGUCUUUGCCACCCCGCACUUCUUGCGAAAAUAUAGAAUCAUCUCUCAAUAAAGUACCUAAAUUCAAACUGAGAUUACUUGAUCGCUCGCAAAUUGUUACUUUAACUUUUAGAUUUAUAAUACGUACGUAAGUAUUUAUCUACAUGUCCUUUUAUAGCCUAGUAACAAAUAGUAGAUAGGAGUAGAGUGGCCUCCGGAUAGUACCAAAGUACAGUAGAUCUAUUUAUAACGGUCUAAUUCACUGUUUAUGUAAUUUUAUUUCGUUCGUUAUAAAAGUAAUUUUAUUUUGUAAAACAGUAGGGAUAUUUUAACUUUUCAACGGAAGAUAAUUAUUUGUAUUGUUAGUAACAUCUACGAGUAAAAUGGUUCAACCACAAUUUUACUUUUGGCAAAUAUUUCUGUGUAAAGCAAAACUCUCUACUAAAAAAUUCAGUUUUUAAUCAAAUGAGGUUUAUCCCAUACAAAAAUUACUGCAAUAAGUGUGAGAUAUUGUAUGCAUACUUACUCAACACAACGCUAACACUUAUAAAUAACAAAAACAUGAGCUGUAGUUUUGGGAAAAUCUUAAAUACAGAUUUAUAUGCAAUAUUGUGCCUAGUGACCCAAUUCUACUACGGGCCAUUGCACUGACAGUUUAGUUUCAACUUAUUAUUAAAAGACAUAAUAAAGAGCUAUAUAAUGCGAUAGGUAAAUAUCUAUGUUUGUGUAGUUAUUAUUUGUCGAUGUUGUUCCGACGUAUUUGUAACAUACCCUAAAAAUUAACAUAUAGAACAAGUUUGAAUUCUGA